CAAAUCCGUGUAUCACGUAGGCUUUCUGUGAAUCAUUCUCAUAUGAUCCGCUCACUUUCUGAUGAGUUAUGGAAUCGAGAAGGCUCACAAAUAUUUUCAUAGCACAACAAGAUGACCUCGUGUCGGGGAUCCGUCUUCUUUUUGUCCUCAAUUUCAUUCCUGGGGCUUCUGUUUUGCGUGAAUUUCCAACCGGUAAACGGUACUGAUUUCGUGGUCAACACGAAUUGCAAUGAAACUCAGUUCGUUGAGGGUGAGAAAGAAGCAGCAGUUUCGUGUUCCUGGGAAGAGAUUUCCGAUGAUGUCCAUCAAGGACUCGUCGUUUGUCUGACGGAAAUUUGUUCAUCGAACCAAGAGCUUCUCGUGAUUUCGUCCAUCAUCAAUGAAAGUCAGGGGCUGGUGACAAACGCGACUGGUGUUGCUGGGAAUUACUCGGAAGUCACGUUUUUUGUCACAGCCAGGAAGCUCGGGUUUGCUGAAUUGUGGAUGAACUUCUGCGUGAACUGUACCAGGCCUUGUGGAGAAAUAAAACAAUCAUGCGAACCAACAUCAGUGGAAGGACAUUUUGAGCGAGAAGUGAUUCAGGUUUCAGUGAUCCGAGAUGAACAGAUCAUCGACACAGUUUUCACGGUUUCUCUGGUUUGCCUCGUCGUCAUCGCCUACAUCAACAUGGGCUCAACCCUGGAUCUAAGCAUAGUCAAGGCAAACUUGAAGCGACCGAAAGGACCAGCUGUCGGCUUGUUUUGUCAGUACAUAUUCAUGCCAUUGAUGUCAUUUGGGCUUGGAUACGUUUUCCUGAAAGAAGACACAGCUCUGAGACUGGCACUGUUGGUAGUUGGCUGCAGUCCUGGAGGUGGAGCUUCCAACAUUUGGACAGUUCUUCUCAAUGGAAAUGUGAACCUUAGCGUCACAAUGACUUUUGUGUCAGCCAUUGUGUCAUUUGCAUCCAUGCCUGCUUGGAUUUACAGCCUUGGACCACAGAUUUCCGACGAAGAACAUUUCAAGAUACCCUAUGGAAACGUAGCUUCUUCCACACUGAGUUUCAUCAUUCCAACUGGGAUCGGGUUGCUUGUGAACAGAAAAUGGCCCAAGGCUGGAAAGUGGAUGAGAAAAAUCUUGAAGCCCUUUGGAGCCUUUUUCAUACUUUACGCGGCCACAUUCGGGGUUUAUGCCAAUUGGUAUGCCGUCGAUUUGGUCACUUGGCAA